AAAGGUUUCAAAGUAGAAUUCCAAGAUGCUUUGGUGUUGUUCAGCGAGAAAAAAAUUUCAUCUGCUCAAUCAUUAAUUCCUGCUUUAGAAUUAGCUAAUGCACAACGUAAACCACUUGUUAUAGUUGCUGAAGACCUUGAUGGUGAAGUUAUUGGAAUGCUAGUUUUAAAUAGAUUGAAAAUUGGUCUAAAUGUUGCUGCCGUCAAAGCGCCUGGAUUUGGAGAUAAUCGCAAAUCUACAUUGACUGAUAUGGCAAUUGCAACUGGAGGUGUUGUUUUUGGCCAAGAAGGUAAUGAACUGAAGAUUGAAGAUUUCUAGCGAAACCUCAGCCGAGUACUGUUGCUUUCGUUAACCGUUGACGGACGGUACAGAACGCGUCCCCAGGUUGCGGAUAGGGGAACGCCCGGUUCCCUCUGCUUCGGCAGAGUCGGGUAGCCUGUG